CACUUCUCGCUGUACAACGAGUACCUAACUCUCAUCCAACCUUCAUCAUCUCUCUCACCAUGAAGAAGACUCUCAUCCCCGUGGCAGGAUUCCUGCUGGGAGCCGAGGCGGCCCUGUACAAUACCGUACUGGAAACCAACUCGGGCCCGGUGGUCGGAUACCGGGCGUUUAACAGCUCGCCGGCCGGCAUCGGGCUGGACAACUGGGAAAACAUUGCGGUGUGGAAGGGCAUCCCGUUUGCGCAGGACACCUCAGGCAGCAACCGCUUCCGCCCGCCGCAGCCGCUGGCGAAAUGGAACGAGACGCUGUACGCCGCCGAGUUUGGCCCCGUGUGCCCCUCGGCGACGCAGGGGGGGGACUACACCGUCGACGAGGACUGCCUGAGCCUGAACGUGUGGAGUGCCGCCAACUCCAGCGCCGACAAGCUGCCUGUCGUGAUGUGGAGUUAUCCCGCCGAGUCGACCGCGCGCGACGCCCUGUUCAACGGCGGGGGCAUGGCGGACAAGAACAUUGUCUUUGUCAACUACAACUACCGUACCGGGUCCUUUGGCUGGCUGGCGACCCCGGAGCUGAGCGAGGAGCGCUACGAGGCCGUGGGCGUCAACAGCUCCGGCAACUGGGGCAUGCUGGACCAGUUCGCCGCCCUGCACUGGAUCCGGGAGAAUAUCGAAGCCUUUGGCGGUGAUCCGGACCACAUCACCGUGCAGGGCCAGUCCGCCGGUUCCGCGGCCACCUACCACAUCCUCAACAGCCCGUUGACCAAGGGGGAGAUCGUGGGUGCCAUCAUCGAGAGUGGCGUGCGUGACCCGCACGACCCUCUGUGCUCCAGCUUGGCCGAGGGAUACACCACCCUCGCGGCCGCUCUGGCCACGGGUGAGAGCUACAGCGCCAGCCUCAACUGCUCCGGCGACAUCGAGUGCAUGCGGGAGCUCCCCAUGGACGACCUGGUCACUGCCUUCCGCUCCAGCUCCUACUCCUUCUCCGCUACGCUCGACCACUACGCCAUGCCGCACAAGUACAUCGACUCCCUGCUUGAGGGCGCCGCCAACCAGGUCCCCGUCAUCACAGGCAACAACAAGGACGAGAACGGUGCCACCUACAACCUCUCCCUCACCGUCGAGGAGUACCUGGCCGACAUGAACGAGACCUUCUCCGGUGAAUGGCUCGACAAGUUCCUUGAUCAGUACGCCGUCAACGUCUCUGCCGAGGGCGCCGCCGGCGCCUACGACGCCCAAUGGACCGACCGUUCCAACGUCGGAACCUGGCUCUGGACCCGGCUCUGGGCCAAGGGUAGCUCCGAGACCGUCCACACUUACUUCUGGGACCACGCUCCCCCGGGCCAGGACCAGGGCGCCUACCACGAAUCCGAAAUCAACUACGUCCUCAAUAACCUGUACGAUACCGAUCUCCCCUGGACCCACGACGACUACGUCAUCGCCGCCAAGAUGAACGCCUACUGGGUCAACUUCAUCAAGACCGGCGAUCCCAACGGUGGCAACCUCACCGAGUGGAAGGCUGCGGGCACGGAGCCGGUUGUUCAGCAUGUCGGUAAUGGCUGGGGGCCUAUGCCUGUUGCUGAUGAUGCCAAGAUCGAGUUGUUCGAGGACUGGUUUGCUACUUUGCCUACUUUCUAGUUAUUCUGAUCUUCACUCUGUAUAUAUGUUAGUACCGACGUCUAUAUACUGUCUAUCUACCCUUGCAUAGUUAACUACCAGUA